AACAACAGCAGCAGCAGCAGCGUUACCACAGGCACGCAGCAGCUCCUGUAGUGCAGGCUGGUUACUGUAGUGUCUCUAUGUCUCAGCAGCUGACACCAAUAUUAAUGCCUUAUAUACACAGUAUGUACAAACUACAAAGCAGCCAGGAAGAGAGACAGGCCUCCUCCAGCACGACCGCGACUCGGAGCCUGCGUCCUGUACACGUUCCGGGGAGCGGGAGGGUACACAUUGGACACGCCGCCCCUGUAGGACGCACAUACUGCAUGCCAUGCUCUGCGUCUCACACCCCUGCACGCUGCACACUCCGGGGACUGCAAGUCUGCAACUAUAUGGAAGCCGAGCCCUUUGGUCCGAAUGUAAGCAGCAGCAUAGGAACAGUGACUAGCACCCACACAGGCAGGACAGGCCCGGCCCCCGGACGUGGGUGAGCGGGAGGCAUGCUGGGAGAAAGGAAGCAGCUCCCACAGACCUGUAAACUGCAGUCAAGAACCAUGGACUUGCCGCCACCAGUUGGUUUAUGUCUUCACAUGUGUCCAGAAAAAGAGAGGAGAGAGCGAGAAAGUCAAGAGCGUCUUCACCAGUUUGAAUUGCGGAAAGGACAGCAGACAGGCAGGAAUCGUAGAGGGAAAGGCCAUCAUAUUGCUGACCCUGCUAGGACUGUUAAAGAAUACAGCCGUCCUGCAGCGGGGAAAGAACUAUCUUUUCCAGAGGACCUACGACCCCCUGCAGUCCUCCUUAAGACUGUUCAAUAUUUGUUAAAUGAAGUUUGGGAUAAUAUCAAUGACAGGGAUUCUGCCUGUGUGGCCGAGGCUUACUCCUUUGUGUUUGACCGCUUACGUGCUGUGAGACAGGACUUGAUAGUGCAGAGAGUUAGGGGACUGGAAGGGGCUCUUGUGUUGGAAGGAAGUCUUGGUUUCUUGCUUUGUGUCCCGUACCUGGUGAGGAACCUGCCAUUGGCAGACUAUGAUGAAGUGCUGCAUACAACGCAAGUGCGGGAAAGCUUUGCAGAACUAAUGGAGUGCUAUAAAGGGUGUGGACGAUUUCCCAGACAAGCAGAAUUCCAGGCUCUUCUUCUUCUGUAUGAUUUAGGAAAUCUGGAUGCCAUGACCAGAACUCUACAACUCCCUCGAAGUGUUCGGUAUGCUCCACAGGUGUGUCUGGCACUUGCUAUAAACAGGGCCCACUUAGAAAAUAACUGGGUACGACUCUUUCGUAUGGUACGCCGAUGUGACUGUCUUCAGACUUGCGCCUUUUAUCGACACCUGCCAAGUUCCCGCUACAAGGCAAUAUGUACCUUGACAUAUGCAUACAGCAGCCGGAACUGUCGCUACCCACUUGAUCUCCUUACUAGACUGAUCGCAGUUGACAGCCCUUCAUUAGCUAGUGAUAUGUGCAAAAGACAAGGGCUGAUUCUCAUUUCGGGGGAACAACCUUCAAUCCUAUUCCUGAAAAAUUCCUUCAAGGAUUUGGGGCCUGAGUGCCCAGGUAGAGAGAUUCACUUGGUGGAACUUAAGAAAGGGGAUGUGUCUUGGGUUCAAGUCAUGAGUGGACAAGAAUGUAUGGAUUAUAUGACAUUGCAUGGAAGGAAAUAAACUUCAGAUAUACCGCCUUA